ACUGGUUGGAUGUAUGACUGGUAUAUUGUCUUGUGACAGUCUUGUAUAACGGAGUGGUUGGAUGUAUGACUGGUAUAUUGUCUUAUGACAUUCUUGUAUAACAGAGUGGUUGGAUGUAGUCAUGCCACAUGUGAGUCACAGGUAGUGCAGUAUAAACCUUAUAAUAACCCACUAAGCUACUUAGCUGCAGAUAAGCUACACCGACAAAAAGCUUGCCUGUAGGUAUAUGUUUAACACCUUGAGAUAUAAGUAUCAUUAUUAUUUGUUGAACUUAUGAUUACUCAUAAGUGUGUGUUCAGCGAAACCUGCGUUAUCACUAAUGUUAUAGGGCUGUAAAAAAGUCAGCUUGACAGAUGUCCUGUUUCCUGACCUAAACUGUCAGGCUUAUGUAACACGUGCUAUGGGCUGUCCUCGUUUUUGACUUUUAGGUGUUUACAUUCACGCGUCCAGGUUACAGGCUUUAUAUGUGGUCAUAUGUGCAUGCUGUAUUGGAGGUGACGAAAGUAUUCUCAUUCGUUUGUCCUUGUACUUUUUGGGCAUAACGUACAUAUACCCAUGCACUAAUAUUUGCUUCUGUAAAGAAUUUUCACACCUCAAAUUUAGUGAACCUUGCAUGUUUAAUACACAAAGUUUUCGUUGAAAACACUAAGAAAUUCUCCUAUGAUAGCCUUGGGAACCCUUGACAAAUGCUGUAUGGGUAUUUUUUUUAUAUAAGUAAAUACAAAUAUUUGUACAUGUUUAAAAGCUUGGAUUUAAUGGUACAUAUGCGGACAACUGUUGUUCAUGAUAACAUUUUUGUGCACAUGUAUAACAUGCAUUCGCGCAUGUAUACUAAUGCUUAGUUUACGUAUGUACAAAAGAAUUUCACAUAUCCACAAUGGUUUUUCAUACAUGUAAUAUUACAGAAUAAAUUCCAAAAGAUUCUGUCUUAACAGUCCUAUGCUGAUUACGCAGACGACAUUGAGUGUCAAUCUGCCUGUGGUUACAUGUUCAUGCGUGUUAUUUAACCCAGUUUGGAUCGGUACAUAAGACCUUAGGAUUGCAUGGAUCCAGCGAUCUUUGACAUGAGAGAAAGGAUAAGAGUUCAUUUGACGUGCCACAUGUCUAUAUAAAGGAGGGUGGGGGGGGGGGAUCAUAGGAGAAAAUGCUCAGUUAAACCUGGAGAGUGCGAGCAUAGACUAAACAGUGAACAGGGAAGGCCGUCCGUCACCGACAACUCUCUCAAGAUGUUCGCUUCAGGGUUUUGGCAGAAUGUGCCCACGUUCAGGGAAAACAUGGUUGACAGCGUUACUGGAUUCCUUCUCAUUUUUCUGCUCACGAUAAUAUCCGUGUAUUUACUGAGGCAAAGGAGAUCCAACUACAAGAAGCUACCGCCAGGCCCAUGGGGGUGCCCAGUAGUUGGUCACUUGCCUUUUCUGGGUAAAAACCCAGUUGAAAAACUUUCUCAAUACCGGAAAGAAUACGGCGACAUUUUCAGCAUACAGAUGGGAAGCUACCCGGCGGUGGUCCUAAACGGCACUGGUGUUAUUAGGAAAGCUCUGAGUGGUCAUAUGGAAGCGUUUGCCGGUCGUCCAAAGCUCUAUACCAUCAACCUCAUCGGCAAAAUGGUUGGUGAAACCGGUCUAACCUUUUCCGAGUAUGGCCCACACUGGAAAGCGCAUCGACGGAUUUCAAACAACGCUCUGAGAAUGUUCGCCAGUUACAGAACAAAUCCUGUGGAGGAAAUCAUACUUGGUGAGUCACAGCGAUUGAUCGAACAUUUUAGCAAUCAGAGCGAACGCCCAUUUGAUCCCAGGAACGAGACGGCUUUAGUGGCUGGUAGUGUAAUAUACCAGAUUUUAUUCGGACGACAGGACAAUAUUCGAGAAGAUGAAACGUACUGCAAAAUGGUAAAAAACAUCAAAGACUUUAUUGACUUUGCCAAUGCUGGAAAUCCGGUUGAUAUCAUGCCUUGGACACGAUUUCUGUUCCGCGGUCGUCUUCGACGCUUUCUGGAAAUAAUCAGAACAAGCCUGGAAGUUCAAUCAACCCAACAAAAACGACAUGCGGAGACGUUUGAUCCUGCUCACAUUCGUGACGUGACAGAUGCAUUAUUUCAAGCUUCAAAGGAAAUCACCCCUGAAGAAAAAGGCUUGGGGUUAACAAGUGAGAAAGUUAACACCGUGAUAGGGGAUUUUCUGGGAGCGGGUUCUGACACGGUAGGAACUACUUUACUGUGGUCAUUCUUGCAUAUGGUGACCUCACCUCAUGUUCAAGCGCGUGUGCAUUCAGAGAUUGACCACCACAUCGGCCGAUCCCGUUGGCCAACUUAUGAAGAUCGGAAAUCUUUGCCGUUUGUGGAAGCAACGAUUCUCGAAAUUCUCCGGUUUGGGACGAUUGCACCACUGGCGAUCCCACACGCCACAACAUGCGAUGUGCAGCUGAACGGAUACAGUAUACCAAAGGAUACAUUUGUCCUGGUCAACCUGGCUUCCACCUGCAACGACCCUGAUGUAUGGGGAGAUCCCAAGUCGUUCCGACCAGACCGAUUUCUGAGCAAUGGUUCAAUUGACUCGUCCAAGGCGGAAAUGGUCAUAAGUUUUGGAGUCGGUAGACGGCGCUGCCUUGGAGAAUUCAUCGCCAAAGUUGAACUCUUUAUGUUUUUCUGUUCUGUAAUGCAGAAUUGUUCUUUUCACGGAGCCCCAGGUGAGGUUUAUACUUAUGAGGCCAGCUUUGGGCUUACAAUGAAGCCAAAGCCAUUCAAGUUAAUUGUUAAAUCCAGAUCGAACUAAUAGUUUACCGCAAAAAGAAAUCUCCUGACAACUUUUCUCGUGUAAAGGGAAUUGUGAGUCUUCACUGUGAACAGACACCGUUAAAAUGCGUUUGUUUCUUGUUUCAUUACGUCUAAUAUUGUAGAAUUGCCUAUUUUAGCAAAUAUUUUGUCUUGCAGCAUAAACCACUUUUGUGCAUAAUGCAUUCCGUGUUGAUUAUAUGUUUUAGGAAAUUCC